AUAAAACUCCAAUAGUUUAGGUUCUGGUAAGACAGUUUCUCUUUAGGGAAGGCCUUGUUAAGAUGAACAGAAUGUUCUGGCAUGUUUCAAAAUGGUUCCUUUUCUCCUCCUUCUUCCAGAAGUGUAAGGGGACUUUUCUUUGAUAUUCACUGUGAAAACCUGAUCAAGGUGGGCUGGAGGUAAAACUCACUAAAUUGUAAGGAUGUCCCUAAGAUUGGAUACACCCAGAGUUUGUAAUCUCUCAGAUUUGUCCACCCUGAACCUCCAGCAAUUCAUCAACUACAGUUCAAAUUUCCUAUCCUCAUAUUGGUUCUUGCAGGGGUUUAUAUACUAGUAAGUUGUGAUUCUCUGUAUUUGUUUUUCUAUCUCUCCAAUUUUGAGAGCCACAGUUUGCCUUAUGAUCUCAUUUCUCUGACGAACCUAAGAAGAGUUGUUGAUUUUUCAGUUUGCUUAGCUUUUUGCUUGUUGUUAUAAUGGAGUGGCCACCUCCAAGUUCCUUGCAUGCCACACUAGAAACUAGAAGUCCACUCUUUUUUUUUUUUUACCUUUUUUAGUUUCACUCAAUCAAUAAGCAUUUCCUGAAUCAUUAUAUUCCAAGCACUCUGCUAGACAUUGAGUAUACAAGGAUAAGUCCUUGCUGCUGAAGUUCACAGACCAAACGGAAGUAUAGACAAAUUACAAUACUAUGUAUAAAGGUUAUGAAAGAAGUAAGCACAAGCUGCUGCAGGAUCACAAAGUCUGGGACUGAGGGUUGAAUUCAGAGAAGGCUUCCCCAAAAGGGUUAGAUUAAAGUGAAUCUUGACUAAUAUUAACUCAGACAAAGAUAAAGUGGGAAGUGUGAUAGAUACCAUGUGCAAGGUAAAUACCAUUUGCACCAUGUGCAAAGGAAGGACCAAGAUGGGUUUAAGAAACUGCAAGAAAAAUAAAGUUGUCUGGAGCACAAGAUAACAUGGAGGGAGAGAAUGGGCCUAAACGUUGCUCGGCUUUCUACUUCAUGACAAUAAGGACCAUGUUCAGCAGGAAACAGAUGGCUUGCUCAAACUAGUUAAUAGGGAGAGUUAAGGAACUAUUUAUAAAGUCCCCUUUGAACUGAAAAGGAUUUGGGGAAACCAUCAGUGAAAAGUCAUUAUGACUCCUAAGCCUGAUCACAUAAGUGAAAGGAGCAGUUAACAGAACAGAAAGGGUGGCUCUAUGGAGAAGGUUGCCUGUGAGGAGCUCUACUUUAGGUAAAAGAACACAGACAACUCUCUGCAAUCUGGUAAGGAGGGAACCAGGGAAUAAACACACAGAUCUCUGGACCUCUGAUCUUCUGCCCAUAUCUACCAUUGGUUAAACCUAAUCAGAGACUGGAUGGCAAGGGAACUCAUUGAUGUAGUCCAUAUCAGUCAGCCUUCUUGAACAAGGACAAGGAUGAAGAGUUGGAUCCAAAGGGACAUAUGAAAGAUAUCCAACACAUCACUACACCCUCAGUACCUAACACAACACCUGGCACAGAGGAGGUAUUGAAUGGUUGAAUGAGGUCCUAUAGGAAGCAGAAGCCUAAUCUUGCUGGGUUUAGCUAAUUCAUGCUAAGAAAUUAGGACUUUACCUCAUAGCAGUGGAGUGCAAUCAGAACAGAGGAGAGACACAUCAGAUUUGCAUCUUAGAGGCAAAUUUGUCAAGAAUAAACUGAAGCCUUGUAGCAGAAGUAACAGGUAAAAGGCUGUUAUAGCAAUCUAGGACAGAGAUGACAACAAGAUGUUCUAAGAAAAAGGAAACAGAAAAACAAAAUGGACUUGAAAGCAUCAGAGAGUUGGGAUUGGCAGGAUAUGGUAUGAUUGAAUGGUGGGAAACAAAAAAAGGACAUAGGAAGGGGGUGUAGGAUGAAAAGAAAAGAGCUCUCGAAGACCUCUUGGGUUUGGUGUGUCUAUAAGAAACCUGGAUUUGUCAGGCAGUUUGCUAGGUGUUUGAAACUCAACAGAUAUCUGGAUUGGAGGAAGGGAUUGGACUAGAUCUGGCAAAUGAGGCAGAGACACUGUACACUUCCUGUUAGUUCUGUUUCCUGGGGUGGGGGAGGGGCAGGAAAGUGUGUUAGGUCAGAGUGCGUUAGGUUCUAUGGCGGUUGAGAAGAGCAAUGAGCCAGAAACUAGGAUGGAGAGAAGGGAAGGAAAUGCCAUGCCCUUACACAGAGUUUACAAUUCCAGCAUCCUGGGUUACCCAACAUAUAGGCCAAUUCUCUCCUACCGCAUGUACCACUUCUCUUCUAUGUCAUCACACCAGCGACAGCUUCUGGAGAGGACCCAAAGCUACAUUCGCAUGUUCUGUGCUGGCCUCAUGGGCUUUAUCUUUGUCCUGCUGAUGUGCUUGUUCCCUUUACAUUGGGUGCGGUUCAUGGUAAUGAAAGACAAGAAGAAACUCUUUGCGGGGCUCUGGACUGUGUGCCACCAUGAUCUCUGCUGGAGCCACGUGCCAAAAGCACCCCACUACCUCCAAUACUCCAGGGCCUUCUUCCUCAUCUCUGCCUUCAUCAUCCUCAUUAUCAUUAUAUGGCUCAGCACCUUUCUCACCAAAGGGCCAGGAGACAAAACCCACAUAGAUCUGGGCAUGUCCAUCUUCUCUUUCAUCUCAGGCACCUGCCUACUCCUCUGCCUCAUUUUGUACCUGAUGCAAGUGAAAUUGUACAGUAGGAACGUCUUGGAGCCCCAUUUCCUAUUAGCCUACCACCUCAAUUGGUGGGGCAGUAUCUUCUACAUGACAGUUGGGUUCCUCUCUGGACUCAAUCACAUAAGUUCUCAGGCUACUUCUCCAGAUCAAAAUCUCUUUGUGAUUCCUAUAACAAGGACAAGAAUAGGAAAUACGGCCAGAGUAGACCGGGGGCUAACUGAAACAAAUGUAGGUGUUUCUACGUGGAUGAAUCAGGCACCAGAAAGGCAGUCAGGUUCAGUGGCACAAUCAAGUGUCUACACAGAGAAAGCGACUCAGACAAAGACAGUAACCCAAAAAGUGCUAGAAAGUCAGGUUGAACCAGAGGUCCAGGCUGAGUCAGGGACCCACACAGAGACAGAGAUAGGAAGUGAAUCAGCAAUAAAAGAUGGGUUAAUAACUACAAGGUUAGCUACUGAGAUAGAACCAAUUGACACAGUAGAGCCAAGGCCUGAGGCAGAGAUAAUUGGGAGUGUGGCUGAUGAUAUGUCAAGCAAUAGCCUUCAGGGUAAUGAAAACAAAAUGACCAAAAACUGGAAUUAUGAGGACAGAGAUUCAGCUGAGAAAAAUGAGGAUGACAAAACAAAAAAUUAAUCUUAGAUACAAGGUAGUGAGAGCAGAGAUAUUAAAAACAAACAAACAAACAAACCCUAGAAGGCUUAAAGAUGUUUUGUUGGGUCUGUAAGAAGUGUGGUAGGAGUAUCAGAAGUAAUUCUGAUAUAAUAGUAUGACUAUUCUUUUGAACCGCCCCACCCCCCACCCCCCCACCCUGGAUUACACCUCCUUCACAGAGCAAGUGGUAUUAUGGAUGAAAGCAAGCCAUUUGUAUGGGUUAGGGCAAAGGCACGAAUAAUGUAAGGCUCACAAGGAAAGAAAUGCAAAGCUUAUUAAAGGAAGUUUCCAUGUUA